AAACAUGAAUUUCUCCACUUUCCUUUUUCUUCUUUUCCUCUCCGUCGCCGGCGCCGGAGCCAGCCGGGAACCAUUUGCUUGCAACCCAACCGAUCCGGCCACAAAGGGGUUCAAAUUUUGCCGGAGUUCGAUCCCCAUUCCGGAUAGAGUAAAGGAUCUAAUCGGGCGGCUGACAUUGCAGGAAAAAGUGAAACUACUUGUGAACAAGGCGGCCGCCGUUCCUCGGCUUGGGAUAAGAGGUUACGAAUGGUGGUCGGAAGCCCUCCACGGGGUCUCGAAUGUGGGUCCAGGCACUAAAUUUGGAGGCCAAUAUCCAGGAGCCACUAGCUUUCCUCAGGUUAUCACCACCGCCGCCUCUUUCAACGCCACCCUUUGGGAGGACAUCGGACGGGUAGUGUCCGAUGAAGCUAGGGCAAUGUACAAUGGAGGGAUGGCAGGACUAACAUUUUGGAGUCCAAAUAUCAACAUUUUUCGUGACCCGAGAUGGGGACGAGGCCAAGAAACGCCAGGGGAGGAUCCGGUUGUGGCUGGUCGAUAUGCCUCUAGUUAUGUUAGAGGCCUACAGGGCUCGGACGAAAACCGCCUCAAGGUGGCGGCUUGUUGUAAACAUUAUACUGCCUAUGACCUCGAUAAUUGGAGUGGAGUUGAUCGUUUUCACUUUAAUGCCAAGGUGAGCAAACAAGACAUUGUAGAUACAUUCGAUGUUCCGUUUAGAGAGUGUGUCAUGCAAGGAAAGGUGGCGAGCGUUAUGUGUUCUUAUAAUCAAGUCAACGGUGUCCCGACUUGUGCUGAUCCGAAGCUCCUUCGUGGCACUAUUCGUGGUAGUUGGCAUCUCAACGGUUACAUUGUUUCGGACUGUGAUUCGGUUGGUGUUUUCUAUGAGAACCAACAUUACACUUCCACACCAGAAGAAGCAGCUGCGGCCGCCAUUAAAGCAGGUUUGGACCUAGAUUGUGGACCAUUCCUAGCCAUACACACAGAAGAAGCAAUAAACAAAGGAAUUCUACAAGAUACAGACAUCAACAACGCCUUAUUCAACACAAUUACAGUUCAAAUGAGACUAGGAAUGUUCAAUACAGAUGAAACAGAUCAAUUCUAUUACACCCGUUUAACUUCAAAAGACGUUUGCACUCCAUCUAACCAAGAUCUCGCCCUUCAAGCAGCUCGUCAAGGAAUCGUCCUCUUAAAAAACAGAGGCAAACCCGGAUCAACCCUUCCUUUGUCUCAUCGCCGCCACCGCACGGUGGCUGUUAUAGGCCCCAACGCCGAUGCUACCCUGACAAUGAUCGGAAACUACGCCGGGUUGGCUUGCGGAUAUACUAGUCCGUUAAGAGGAAUUGAAAGAUAUGCUAGAGUUGUUUAUCGAGAAGGUUGUUCUGGCGGGGUUAGUUGUGUUGACGAUUCGUUAUUUGAUGGUGCGGUUGAGGCUGCCCGUGAGGCUGAUGCGACUGUUGUUGUGAUGGGUUUGGAUCAGUCUGUUGAGGCUGAGUUUAGAGAUCGGGUUGGGCUUUUACUUCCUGGGAGACAACAGGAGCUUGUGGAGAAAGUAGGUGGAGUUUGUAAAGGGCCUAUGGUUUUGGUCUUGAUGAGUGGAGGACCGAUUGAUGUUUCGUUUGCUGAAGAUGAUCCUCGUGUGAACGCCAUUGUUUGGGCUGGGUAUCCUGGUCAAGCUGGUGGAACUGCCAUUGCUGAUAUUCUUUUUGGUGCUCAUAAUCCUGAGGGGAAGCUACCAAUGACAUGGUACCAUCAAGACUACUUGUCGAAGCUUCCCAUGACAACUAUGGAUAUGAGACCCGACCCGAAGAAAGGUUAUCCGGGCAGGACCUAUCGUUUCUACGAAGGCCCCGUCGUAUAUCCCUUUGGUCAUGGACUCGGAUAUUCAGAUUUCUCCCACACUAUCGUCGAAGCUCCUAGCGUCGUUUCAGUGCCACUUCACGGGCAUAGGGGGAAUAAUUCGACGUAUUUUGUCUCGGGCAAGGCGAUUCGAGUCACGCACGCUAGAUGUGACGGACUUUCCCUCACCAUACGAGUCGAUGUUAGGAACUUAGGGCACCGGGACGGUGCCCAUACGUUGCUGGUAUUCUCAACACCUCCGAGUGGUCGGGGGCAUUGGGCCCCACGUAGACAACUCGUGGCGUUCGAAAAGGUGCAUGUGCCCGGGGGAGGGGAGAGGCGUGUUAACGUAAAUAUACACUUGUGCAAGUAUUUGAGUGUGGUGGAUAGGUCGGGAAUUAGGAGGAUUCCCUUGGGGAAACAUAACCUUCAUGUUGGAAGCAAAAUGCAUGUGGUUUCACUUCAAGCGGAUACCAUAGGGAUUGUUAAAUCAUGAAUUUUAAUAUCUAUAUUAAUCUCCACAAAUGAUUUGAACAUUCUUGAAGUCAAGUUUGAAUGGUUCAUUUGUUUUCUCUUUUCAAGAAAAAUAUGAUUGAAGCUUAUAGAUUUGUAAUGUGUUUGCAUUUUAGUUAUAAAGUCUAUUUAUAGAUUUGAU